GUGCCACGUGACGAUCAACGUUUGUUUAUUUUGGUGCUUUUUAUCGCUAUUUAUUCCUGUUUGGCUACCUCCGCCGGCCUUUUCCACGAGAUACUGGACGAAUCACCGACGACAACCUUCCCUGGUCGCGGAUGUACGUCGGCCUCGCCUGCGCCAAUCCUCGAAAAUGUAGUUACGGUUUCCGGCGCAAGAGGGACGGACAGAGCGCUCGCGAGAGGAAGAGAGAGGUAAAGACACAGCGGGAAGGACAGGGACAGUGUAAAUCGGUGGCAUCGUGAGACAGGGAGGCUGUGAUGAGGGAAGCCGGUUAAAGGACCCUGUGUCGCGCAGGCGCCCGGUAGGAGCACAGGAAAGAUGCUGCCUUCCUCGAGAGCUUUAUUAAGCCCGCUGCUGCUUCUAAUCAUCGCUGGAAGCACCGGUGCCUUCAGCUCCCGACAAGGAGAAUGCACGUUUCCGCCAAAGUGGGAGGGCACCUGGUUUCAAAGUGGGGUCAGACAACCGAUCGUGAUCUCCAGGAAUGAAUUGUCCAGCAAGGGCAGGUGCCUGCACAACGAGGGCGACAAGUUCCUUCUCGUCGACCAAAAAUCCUGCUACCGUUGCGUCGUCAUUCACGAGAAGCACUCGAACGUCCUCCAGUACAAAGAAACAUACUGCCACAGCAGAAACUCCCUGUCAUCGCUGUGCUCGUACAUCACAGGAGAUGCCUUGCUCUAUUCGAUGUUCCGGGAGGAGGCGAUACCCGUGCCCUGCCCUUUCCGUGGACCCAUGACAUUCUCAUACAACCGUGGUCACGGGACCUGCUCUGUGCCAGUCAGCAAUGUCGACACCUGCACCGAUGAUAGCAGGCUGCUGUUCAGAUACCAGGCGUGCCCCGAUAUAUCGGCUUCCGAGAGCGCAGUCGAGGAGUUGGAGUGUCUGGCCACCUGGAAGGAGGGUAGCAGCCGCUACCUGGUCGGCCGUUUGCAUCACGGACACGCGUCCAGUAACGAAGAUCGAUACCGAUGCUUCGUCUACGAGAAGGCCGGGCAGACAGUGCAGAGCAAUCUGCACAGAGCUGCCAUGGGCAUAGGAGCCAUGGAUCACGAUGUCGGUUUGCAGAGUGGACCGGUGCCCGAGGGCGCGGCCGAGAUAUACCGGGUGGCACAGAGCGGAGACGCCACUUGCAACGGAUUGUUCAGCCCGAUGGAAGGGUCUCGGACUAUGACGCUCAUGAAAGUGUCGCCACCUGGCCAGUGCCGAUUCCCCAACUGGUUGACCGGCCAUUCCAGCGGUGGACUGACAUGGCACACCCUCGACCUCACCAGAUCUUACACGUUUCAUCCUCGGAACGCUUCCCUGCACGUGACCAGUUUCAACACCAGUUCCUCGAGAUUCGAAAGCGGUUCUCUGGACGGGCAGUACGUUCCUGGACAAGAGGAUCAAGACGUGAAGAUCCUGUGCAACAGCAUCAAGCAAUCUAGCGUUGCUCAAGCGAUGACGAUGACCACGUUGGUCGCGCAUUUCACCGUUGGCUGCCGGAGCGGUUUCAUGUGCAUGACGUUCUAUCGAAGGGACGGCCACGUGAUAGAGGUGCAGACCGGAAGCGACGUCUCGAGGCCGGAAGAGGCUUGCAGCCCGCCCCAUUUCCAGCAGCUCAACAUACCCUUUCUCACCUUAGUCACGAGCUCCCCGGAGCCGCGUACGUGCCCAUACUUGGGCAAAUUUACGGUGACUGGGGUGAACCGGAACCAGCGGAACAUUCGUGAGAGCCGCAGGAGCCAGCACCAGGAGGGGGCUGUGGUGAGGCGUGACAGGGAGAAAGUUCGACACGCCCAGGAACGUAUCCAGGAAGAUCGGCGGGGCCGGAAGCUCGACUUCGACGUGGAGAAACGCAGGGUGGCCAACAACGAGUACCUCGUCCACGAGCGUAUGGGCAGGCGUGCCAGGUCGAAUCGCAACAACCGAAACCGUAGGGAGCACAGCCUGGAGGAGGCAUCCUCGAAGAGGAGCCUGGACAUCGAGGAUUUGUUGCGAGAUCGUGCGAGAUCGAAAGUGAGGAGGUCGGAGGAGCAGGGCUCGAGGUCGAAGGUCAGAAGGGUGCGCGAGAUCGGAGUGAGGAGGUCGAGGAGAAAGAUGGAGGACUUUGGGUUGGACGCGGAUAACUUCGCGCGAAUCAGGCAGUUCUGGACGACCGAUUUCGACGACAGCGACGGAUCGAGCAUGCUCGAGGUGCAGGAGGAUUAUUUCGGCGAUUACCCGGACACCGCCGAUUUGCCCAAGAAGAGGUCGGGCAGGGGCGAGAAUAUUUUGACGAGGAGAAGGAGGAGGAGGAAGAGGAGGAGGAGAAACGUGGAGGAGCUGGAUUCCGGCAAUGGGUCGUUGGAAAAAAGGGAGAAGAGGGAGGAGGAUGUGUCUAGAUGCAGCUCGGAGGUUACCACCAUCACUAUCGGGUGCUCCACCGCGGAUAGAAUGGAAUUCCAGACGGAUUGCGUCGACGACAAUGCUAUCGCUUACUCCUGCCACGGUAGGUGGUUCGACGCCGAGGGAACCCAAUUCGUGAUCGCUACCCAACUGGCACCUGGAACUGGCUGGUCGAACGAGAACAACAGGCCCCAACCGUACAGGAACAGCCGUAGACUGUGCUUCAUGUACAAAGAGAGCGGCGGUGUUGUCAGUUUGACUGCCAGCGAGGUGGCCUGCCAGAGGGGAAUACCCCCACCCCCGCCAAUGUUGGCCUUCAAUGCUACCAGUACCGGUCAGUGUAUGGAAGAGAACCGGGGCUUCGUACCUACUCGAUCGACGUACCUGAUGAUCGUCACACUGACGGCGAUCGUCGCGAUAUACAGGUGAUUCUAAUCGAACGGACGACGAUCUCGUGACGGUUAACAAAUUCGACGUUUCUAAUCUGCGUUAUUUGGACACCGUGUGGGUGACAAAACGAGGUGGUACACGUGUAUAAAAAAAAAAAUCUAUACAUACAUAUAUAUAUAUUAUACAUACAUGAUCGCCUUCGACGCGAAUCACUGAACGAGAUCGGUCGAGCGUCCGGGCCACAAGCGACUAAAAGAGAGAGAAAAGAAAAAAGAAAAACAAGAAGAACGGAAAAAAGCGAACAAUCGAUACUUUGGCUUCGUACGCUCGUGUCCGUAGCUCUUGCUAGCCUCUCUGAUACGUCGGGAGAAAUUCAUGCUCGCACGACCACCGUGGAAGAAUAUCUUGGAAGAAAAAACGAGAGGAAGAAAAAGAAGACAGACUCUAAGAGGGAUAGAGGGCGCCUGAAUCGAGGAACGAAAAAUAAAGUUGCCUAUAAUAAAGAGACAAGAAGAGGGGCAAACCUCCGAUUCCUUCCGUACGAGUGCUGCUACUCCUCCAGUCUGGCAAGAAAAUCAAGCAGACAGUGGAAGGGUGGAAGGUGGAUCCGAUCAAGAUGAACGGUUUACCGUUUCGAGAGGAAGGAAGGAAGGAAAAAAGGAAGGAAGGAAGGAAGGAAGGAAGGAAGAAGGGAGUAUUAACCCUCGAAGGGAAUUUUUUUUUCCUUCUCUCUCUCAAGAAAGGGAAACCGCUUGUGCGUUCCUUCCAGGACGAUGUGAAAGAAGAGGAGGAUGAUCGUGAAUGAUCGAACGCGAAUUUCCCCUGGCCAGUAGGUUUUUUUACCGAUGUAGCUCGUAGGCACUAGCUAAUUAAAAAAAAAAAAAAUCGGGUAAAGCUGACGAAACAGUAAUUACACAAGUUUUUAUGGUUAGAACCAUAUCACGAGCCGAGAUCACGGCGCGUCGAUCGAUCGGAUUCUUCUUUUGGCGAAACGAAAGUAAUAAAAAAAGAAAAAAAAAAUAAAAAAAAUAAAAAAAAAAGAGGUAAAAUAACGAAGAAAAAGGAUCGAUUUAUCCAAGGGACGGAUGAGGGAGGGAGAGAAAUGCAGCGUCACGUUUUUAGUUAGUAAGACGAUCGACCGGCAGAGGUCGUUAUCUUUUAAGGUAGAGAAUACAUAGAGGAUAGGUUUAAUAUGGCGCAUAUAGGGGGAGGGGGGAGAGGUUACUCGGCAAAUGUUUUCUUUUACAACGUUCUCCUCUUUGCACGAGAAGGAAGUACCUUAAGUGUGCACUGCGCGUGUAUUUUAUAUCGUUGGUGGGAAGAGGAUAUAUGGUGGAAAAUUUUUCGCCCGUUUCUCGCAAGCAUCGAAGACUCGAGGUUAUUCAAUUUUCAAGAAUAAUUUUAAAUUUGGGCCAAAAGUGUCGAAUAACGAUGAUACGACGAGGUUAUGUACGAGAUAGAGAAUUGAAAAUUUUAUGUUAAGUAGAAAUGUAUCUGGGUACUGACAUAAGACGAUUAUUUGUGUUAAGUUUAUAUUCAUUUUUUUCAUGACGAAAGAUAAAUGUUGUAAACCAAUAGUAUUCUGAAAAUUGCUGAAAAUUUAUUGCAAUGUUGAUUAUUGUAACAAAAAGAAAAUAUUAUUGAAAUAGCUGAUACAGCUGUUCAUAUUUAUACAGGAAACAACAAUUCCUUUUUAUCUCGAUUAAUAAUAAUAUAUAUAUCGUUAUGAGAGAAAGUUUCAUAAUUUUAGUCUUGAUUUCGUGAAUUUUUUUCAACGUAAAGAAAACAGUUUUAAAAUUCUCUUUUGCAAAGUAAAAAACGAAUUUUCCAAUAUUUUCAAAUAUGGAUAAUUUUUUUGAAAAUACAACGUUCCAGAGGACAAUGGAUGAUUCUCUGUCUGCCAAACAGGUUUUGCGUCCGGUGGAAAAAGCCUCGGGCAGAAUUCAAUUACCACACGAAAUAUUAGUAGAUCUAUUAAAGGUUGAUUGCACUGUUAGCUGUUAUGUAAUAGCUACAAAGGGCUAUUAGCCGUGUUAUACCUAAAUGUAUACCGUAGCUAUUAUAUAAUAGCUCUAAUAACCACUAGCUAUCUCGAUAACUAACCAAAACAGGAAAAACACGUUUCGAAGCUUCUGAAUUAUUUUCGUUAUUUCUCCGAAAUGAAAAAAAGAUAUUUUAUCAACGAUGUUUCGAGAUUUGGACGAAAAAUUCGAUGAUUUUGAUUCAUUAAUAUUUUUGCCGAGUAAAAGAUUCGUUCUCAAAGUGAAAAAAGAUAUAACAUAAUUUUGAAUUAAUCAGCGAAUGAAACAUUCUGAUAUUCCUAUAAAACAGUGUUUCUCAACUGACGUGUAAUAUCUCGUGUCGUGAAAGUUUUAUUAAAAUUUUAAUUAUUGACGUGGAUAUUAAUUAUAUCAAAAUACUGAUCUUUCAAAAUAUUUUUUCCUUUUCAAUUAAUAAAAAAAAUUCUUUCUUACGCUCAUAUUCGAUGCAAGAAAAAUCAAAGUAUAUUCAUCAUCUCUGAUUUUUAACCAAUUUUAAUACAAGACACAUCGCUAAAAAAAAAACACCGAAAACCUAACCUAACUUUCAAAGAAGUCGCGACUCUCGGGGGUUGAGAACCACUGUACUAAACGAUCCUCAAGGUUGAGAGUGAAACCCGACACCGACAAUGCGGCACAGCCGCAAGUGUCGAAGAGAAAAGAGCGUUAACGAAGUGAAUUCAAACGCGGUACAAUCUGCAGUAGGAUUAACCACGUAUCUGGUGCGCCGAAGAGUUGAACGAGAAGAAUCAGAGUGUAUCGUGAAUUUUUCGUUCUCGUGAAAAAAAUUUUCUUGAAAAAUCGCCACGUGUUACAUCGAAUAAUUCAUUCGACGGGGAUAAUAUAAUAUUAUUUCGUGUUUCCAGUCGCGUAUUAACUCUCGUAGAAUAUAUAUACAAAUAUAUAUAUAUAUAUAUAUUCUACGUGGCUAAACAGAAACGUCGCGCGGCCGGAUGAUAAAUUUAAUACAAAUAUUUCUGGUAUUUCGGGGCCAUCACUAUUUCGACGAUUCAAUUAACUUCCAUCGAGGGGGGAGGGGAGGAAGAGGAGAAGCAACGUGAAACGAUGAAGGCAAUUUCGAAAAGCGGGAGGAGGGAAAGGAGGUGGUUCCAAAUUUAUUUCAUCGCCACUUGCAGAAUAUCAAUGCCGCUUGUUUCAAACAUUUUUAUUCGGGACAUUUUUAAUCGAUUUCUGUACAAAUUCCACGCACUUUUUCUGUACCAUUAACGGGGUAAUCGGAUCACGGGGAUCCGCAGAUAAUAAAAACCUUGUUCGGGGGAUGAAUUACCUUGGACGAGAGUUUCGACUCUCCCAUUUCGAGUUCUUCAAAGGAUUAUUCGAAAGAGGGGGAGGGGGGAAUAUCGAUAUGGACGAACGGCCGAAACGUGUAAAGUGUAAUAUUGUAACUGUGAUGGAUUUAUAUAUUCGGUCCGUUGUAUCCAACAUUUCGAAAUGUUUCUCUCUCCAAAGGGGUUAAGAAUAGAAGAUUCGUGGAUAAUAUUAACGCGAGAGAGUUGCUCGUAAACAAGAGUUGGGAUUAUUUCACAGGAGAUAAAAAUGAUUUUUAGAAAUUUAGCUGCGAAGAAUCGUUUGUUAUAUGCAAGGCUGUGAAUGUACGUGCAAAUUCUCGGUAUCCUUUUUGCAAUUUGUGAAAAUUUAAAUUUAAAUUCGGAUUUAAUUCUUUUUCUUUUUCCUGACCGAACAGAUGACGAGAGAUUUGUUCAAAAAAAAAAAAAACAAAAGAAGAAAUUGGCUCGAUCAUGAUAAAUGAUCUUUUAAAAAUGAAAUUAAUCACGAACUCUGAUUCUUCCUCUUCCUGCAAUCACUUUCAUUUUUCUUUGCCAACGCGUCUAGUCUCGUGGAAAAAUUCCUGAUGGCCAAAAUUCUCGAUUAUAUUGAUUUAUCACCGAGUGAAUAAAAACAGACGAAUCGGCCACUCGUUCGACCCUUAUCCACGGUAAAAAAAAUUUUCAAAAAAAAAAAUAAAUUCUCCAAAUAAUUGGAAAAAUAUUAAAAUAAAAUCGUGCGAUUCGAUCGAAUUGCAAUAAUGAUCACGAUCGAUGGAAUCCACUCGAAGGAAUUUUUCCACGAACCCGUUAGACGUGCACGUUAACGUAAGCAAUAAGCAAUAAUGUGACGCAAACCGUGAGUAGAAACCGUGCGCUAAAAGGGAGAAAAAAAAAAUCGCGACUUUAUAAGCCAGAGAUGUUCCAGUUAUAUCAGUUUGUCCACAAUCUGGGGAUGAGAAGAGUGGAGGAGAGAGGAAGGGAGGAGGAAAGGGGGAGGGUGGAUACGGAUCGAUCGAUCGCGAGUUAGGACGCUACGAUAUUAUUGUAACUAAUAUAGAGUCUAUAUUAUAUUAUUGUACAAGCAUCUUUGUAAUAAUUAACCCGAACCGAGUAACGAGAGGGGAAAUGGAAAGGGGGAGACAGAAGUAACGAGGCACGAAUAAAGGAGUACGCAACAAUGGGGAAAGAUGAAGUGAGAAAAAAAGUUGAAAAAAAAAGAAGAAAGAAAGAAGAGUGAAAUAAGAAGUUAAAAAGUAAGGUGAAUAGAGAGAAAGAGAGAAAGAGUGAGAGAGAGAGAGAUUGUGCGUGUAAAUGAAACAUAAGAAAAGCCAAUCGCUAUUUUACCACUUUUCCAAUCGCGGUAAACGUAGUUUUUACGCUGUUUGAUCUUUCCUUCGUUUAUUUCAUAAUUAUGAAAGAUGAAGAUAGACCUUUGAUCCAUUUGAGAAUUCGUGGCUUGAAAAUUAAAUUGGAAAGACGAACAAUUGGAUAACUGCGAAAAGAUUCUUCGAAAAGAUUGGAACUUGUGAAAAUUAUUGCCCCCUUUAUGUUCGACGAAACAGAAAAAUAAGUCUGAGUUCGAAUCAUAUUGGAGUUGAAUAUAAGUAAAAUUUAGAUCUUUAUCUAGCAUUUAUUACAUUUAUCUUAUUUAAAUCCAUUUCUCUUUUUUUUUCUUUUAUGUUUAGUAAAACAAACUACUAACCCAUAAAUUUGAAUUUUCAUUUUUGAACUCGUCUUCUUUAACUUUUCGAAAAGUCGAAAUACAAAGGAAAUAUGAAUCUGAUCAACUCGUAUCAACUUCGAUACCAUUACACGAUAAAUGCAAAAUUUGUAUAGUUAUCCAACUAUUAAUGUACUAUAAAUCCUCCUUCCUUAUUUCUAUUAACAUUUUUCACGUACUUUUUAAGGAGAGAAAAUGCACUCCUCUAACUCCAAAGAGUUGUCAGAAAAACUCUCUCCGCGAAAAGAGCGGAAAGUAGUGCAAUUAAUGAACCGGUUAUUGGUCCGCCACCCGUUAUUUGUUCGCUACCCACCUCCAUUUGGCUAGAGUAUGAGUUAUGGCGUUACCUAUUUCACCAACUUGCACUUCUUUCCCCCCACACUUUUCGCGAGGAUAAUUUUUCUGGCAACCUAACCUCUAGAAAUAAAAGAGAAAUGUUUCUGGAACAUUUUACGGUCCAAAGGCUCUUUUAGAAAUGAGCAUACGGUGUAUAACGUACGUAAAGAGGAGGGGGAAUAAGAGUCGAGAAAAAUAUCGAAGUGUGGGGAAAAAUGGCCGCGCGACAUGCGGAAAAAUGCGGUGGAUCAAAGGCUCCUUCCUUUCAGAGGCGUUCAUUUAAUCGAGCGAAAGACGCUCUCCUUUUCAAGCUUCUCAGAAACUUGAGAGAGAUCGAUCGACUUUCAUGCGUAUCUUCUCAACCGAGUUGCUUAAAGCGAAUUUACACUUUAACGUGCAUAAUAUAUUUAAUUUACAUUAAACGCUGUUUUCACCGUUUCCGUUUCGUUCAAAAUGGACAAAGCAGAGUCAGUUCUCAUUUUUGUAUAUACGAUGAUUCAUGAUGCAACUAGAAACAAGUGGACAGCGACGGUAACGCUCUCUUCGGUAUCCUAUUACUAUAUUUACCAAUUCUCGAAGAAGGACCUUGAAGCGAAAUUUGACACCGAUUUUUUGUUUCUUACUUACUCGUUUCUUUCCUUUCAGUUGAACAAGCUUAAACUACGACACUAAAGUAUUAUAUUAAUUAUAUUUAGCUUGGAAAUGAUGCAUAUGCGCAAGUGUAAACUCGCCUUUAUUCUGCCAUUUGUACAGAGGAGUUGAGCAAAUUACAACACGAGACGUCUUUUGUUCAUUUUCUUAUUAAUUUUGACUUUUGUUUUACUGUACACUGGACAAGUAGACGGAGAAAACACUUAGAGGUUAGGACUUUUAAACGAUUAGCACCUUAGAUGCCGUACUUGUACCUAAGAAGAUGCAAGCGUAUUUAGCAUAACUUUAAGGUGAAAAAAAAAAACAUAGAGGUUAAGGAUUAAUUCUAGGCUUCAAUAGGGAUAAUAAGGCUCAUUGUGACAGCAAUCAGAGGUGCCCCGCGGUCGAAACAAGCACGUUUUCUUUCGAUCGCACAUCUCGCGUCUGUCGUGCACUUCUUGCGAAUCUUAGUCUCGAAUCCUCGGUUCUGAUUGGAGCGUGAGAGAUGUGAAUCGAUAAGAACUAAAGAAGAGAGAGAAGCAGAGACGUGUGACAGAGAUUUAUAUGAAAAAUUAUUCAAUUGUUGAAAACAGUUGCAUUUUAUUAAUUUUUUUCAUCUAGUUUAUCAAUUGGUGAAAUUAAUAUGUUGGAUAAAAUUUCUUUCUUUUUUUUUUUUUUUUUAAACAAAUCUCUACCCCAUAUCUAUUUGUACACGUGCAAAACCUAUGAUGCAUUAAUCAAACUACUCAAGAAAUUGUGAUGAAGGGAGCACACGUGCGCUACGUAAAAUUCAAAAUCACCAUUUGCAUGAAUCUUGAAAAUUCAACGAACAAAAAUCAAAAUCGUAAUUAUUUUUCAAACUGUCUCGAAUUUUUUAAAAUUUCACCAAUCAAAGUGGCAAUCGAUUUUUCGAAAUCUCUGAAAUUCUGUACGAGUUUAGUCUACUUCCGGCCCACGAAUAUUUGAACAACGGUUAUCAUACUGAAAGUCAAACAUCAUCCACCUGCCGGUGGAAUAUCGGGGACGAUGACAGAGUCUAGUAGUCGUAGGACAGCGGGGAACCAACACCGACCGAUCGAAAUUCUAGAAGUUGGAGCUGCGGGUUACCAACACCCGACCGCAAAUUACCGAUUCAACGACCAAUCCGAUUCGAUGAAUUACGCAAGUUCGGGACGAAACUGUCGAGAACUCGAUAAGAAAGUGGGAAAGUUAAAAGUGUUAUAUCGUGCUUACAAGAUCAAUAUUUGUUAUUGGUCGAAAUUUGGAAUUAUCGUUUUAAUUGCUACUUGGUGAAGUAUUUUAAUUUUUUAAUUAUUUAAUUAUUUAAUUUUAAAUAAGCUCCAAGUUUUUUCAACUUCUUCGAUGGCCCUUUAAUGGCUAUAAACUAAUCUAAGUUUGAGUGACCUAGGUUUUUUAAUCUAACCUAAUUUUCUUUAAAUUCUUCCAUUCCAUAAAGUUAGAUUCUAAUCUAACUUUAAAUAACUUGAUUAAUUGUUUAAUUUAGUUUAAUUUUGUUUGUUUUUUUUUUCAAUAUUCUUGAAAAGCAUCAAUAACAUUUACAAAAUACAUCAAAUUAAAUUCUCCAAACAAAUUUUUACGAGUAAACAUACGAGUAUUCAUAGAAAUUUAUGCAAUCCUGUAAUAUUCACUCUAUUCACUGUCGAAAAACAAUUCUUGAAUGCAAUAUUCGUAGAGUAAAGCUUUAGAAAAAAAAUAAAUUUAUAACAAAACUUUCGAGAUUAAUGCAAUAUCCAUUACACCUAAAAUAAUUCUUAAGAACAAUUUUAAAACUCUAAGAAAUUUGCUUUCGACUACAUAAUAUCCACUACAUACGAUAAAAUAAUUUCCAAAACUAAUUUUUGAAAAUUUUCAUUCUCAAUGCAGUACUCACUAACAAAGAUAACUUAUACUCUCAAAUCUUAUGUAUCGACUUAUAAAGUUUUACAUUUUAUACAAAAGUUCACAGAAUGCUUUAACUCGUCCAAAAACUUCAUCUUAUCGUGUACAGAAAUAUUCUCUUAUUUUCAAUUUAUUCUAACCUAUAAAUUCUCGCCUGCAAAAGUUCACAAAUUGCUUUAAAUUACUCACAGAGUUCGCCCUAUCAUGACGUGUAUAUAAACACCGGGUGUGAUUAUUAUUUUCGAUUUGCUCGACACCUAACCUACAAAUUUUCACGCAGAGUUUCGAACCAGUCCAAAAUCUGGAUCCUAUCGUGUGUCCUCCAGAUACCAAGUGUUUUAUUAUUUUCGAUUUGCCCGGCACAAACAACGGCCAGGGAUUUGAUAAUUAUCAGAGCAUCCCCAAACAUCGUUACUGACCGACCGCCUAGAUUCGCGCCACCCGUUCUCUCGUCAAACAUUAUGCGCUCCGCUUAAUGAGAUUGAUGCAAUCGGCCGGCGCAUUUAAUCCAGUUAAUUUACAUUGGGUCCUAAUAUCGCACGCGAAUAUUCCGCUAAUGCAGUCGGUAAUGAGAAACAGAAAAUUGCUUGUACAAACCGGUCUCCUCCCCCUCCACGGGUCUCCUUCCCCCUCUCCUUCUCCCUUCUCCUUCCCUCUCUUCCCCCUCCCCUCCUUCCUUCAUAGCGAUGAACGCGUGCGAGACGCGUGCCCGGCUUUCGACCCCGAUUUCAACUUGACGCGUUUCCUCCGUGUUUUCGAUUUGCCAGGAGAAUAAUAAUAAUUGUCUAUGCGUGUAUACACGUGUAUCGAUGGAAUUUUCAAUGGAUUUCCUUGUGAAUUGAAAAAUUUUCCGAAUUCUUGAAAAUAUUCUUCGACAGUUUUCGUAUUCAGCAUUGCAAAUAAAAUUAGAUAUAUAAACGUGCGAAAAUUCUCGAUCGAACGCACCUAUUUAAUUAUUCGAUUAUUCUCACGACUUUAAUCACCCGUUUACAUUAUGCUUAAUAGAAACGGUAUACGUGAUAUGAUUCUUCUAUUAAAAAUCAAGUUUCAAAGUGUCCCACUAUCCACGAGAACGCUUUUUUAAUCGCUUAAGAGAAAAGGGGGGGAUGGGGAGAGAGGAAGGUGAGAGAAAUUAAAUUAGCCAGUCAAAAAGAGAAGAAAAGGAAACGGAAAAGGGAUGAAAGAGGCAAAAGCAAGGGAUAAAGAUGAGCUGGUUGUCGAGGGGAAAGCAACGUCAGAAACGGGACACGUUUAUGGGUUGGAUGGCGGUUAACGAUUUUAUGGAGACCCAUCUAAUGAGAUUAUCGGAUUACUUCCGCGUCGGUACGGGUGCUCCAUCGCAGUUUAUUAUUCCCACACAGUAGAUUAUGCGCUCAUUCUUGAAUCUUCUUCGCCCUGUAAAUCUCGACUGGGUGUCUUUCAGGAAUACAGGCACGUUUUCACGCAUUUGCAAACUCGAAAAUUAGCACUGGCUUCGUUUUGAAUUAUAAUUCUGUGAAAACUUAAUUGCAUCGAUGGUUAAAUUUCGUUUAUUAGAAAUAUUUUUUUUGUUUUUUCUUAAAGUAACUUUUAAGAAUAGAAUAUAAAUCUUUUAUGUAUUAUUUAAAGGAUUGUACCACUAGACAAAAGUAUAUUUGAAAUAUUAUUUUAUCAUUUCGUAAUUAGUUAACAAAAUUAUUAUCACCAAUUGUACCGUUUCUGACUAUUCAAAGUAGAAAAAAGAAAGAAAAAAUUAAUUUUACAAAAAUCUCUCUCACAUCCUAAAUUUGAAAAAAAAACCUCUUCCCAAUAUUAAAAGAGUAAUCAUAAAAUUCCAACUUGUUCGUUCCACCAUUCUUCAUCUCCCCUAAAUUAUCAAUCCACGAACAGAAAAAAUUCUUCCUAUUCACCAUCCUUCAAUUUAUCCCCUUGUUGUCAAACCAAUAGUCAGCUCUUAAUGACUGCACGUGACACGUUCGAAAUCGCACGGCUCAAAGAUUAAAAAGAUGGCGCGCCAUAUGGGUACACGUUGCGCCAUCUCCGCUCCAAGCUUCUCUCUCUCUCUUGCUCCAACGGAGCCGAGGGACAGUUUUCAAUCAAGGGACAAUCAUCCCUCGACGAGCAAUCGAACCUUUUUAUCGAAUCAUUGCGGCCAGUAGUCGUUUCCAUCCCACGGAACGAAACGUCACCGGCCGAUCAUCGAGCAACGACGAAGAAAUACUUUUUCGCGGCGAGGGUACAUAUGGAGCAAUAUAAGAAUGAGUGAGAGACGCUACUAGAGUAUUUGCGUGGAAGGGGGACAGCGCGUGUGAAGAUAGAAAGCGUGUUCAGAGCGUGUGUAUGUGAGAGAGAAAGUCGAGUUUAAUAAUAAAGGACAAAGUCCGGAGGGAUACAUAGCCGGACGAAGGAGGCAAUAUUUUAUAAUACGAACAAAGAGCACUACGGCGACUGGAAGAAUCUCCAAUAAUUUGUUACUUUAAUUUUCAAUAAAUAAUUAUUAUCGGUGUUACAACAAAUCAUCGGCGUUAAAUCUAUCCUUUGAUCUCCUUGUGAACGUGUGUGAUCAAUGCGGUUGUCAUUCGUUAGAGAUUUCAGGUUAGGUUGUUGCACGUGAAAUGAAUGAGUUUACGAAUAGGUGUAAUUAUUUGGAAUUCGGUGAUUAAAACAUUAUUGACACAUUAGAACUACGGAUUUGUAAUUAUAAUGUAUCUAUUAUUUAUUUUAAACGAUUAGAAUUGAUUCUUUGGGUAUAGAGAGUUCUAAUUUGGAAAAAUUGAAAUAAUCAGAAAUUCACGAGUUGUCAGUUGGAAUUCUUAAUUAAGUAUCUAAUUUGGUAUUUUGUUUUGCUCAUUUUGUAUCACUUUACGUGUUUAACAAAAUAAUUUUAUUUUUAUGUAUUUUAUUAAAAUAAAAUUCUAUACAACGUGACUCUUUUUACUACAUAAAACUAUUUGUGCCACAAAGAAUUAAGAUAAUUAAAUAUAAUAAUAUUUCUAAUGCUGAAUAAAAAUCAAUAUCGAUGAUAUCAAAUGCAUUUAUACAUUUUUAAGUAAUUUCAAAAUCAAAAAAUUUGAAACCCAUCAUUUUUUUGAUCAGUUUAAUAGUUCUAAUGUUAAGGUUUGAAACUCAAUUGAAUAUUUUGUCAAUCGUAUUAUUAGUGGACUGUAGAUUAAUUUUAUUUCUUAAAUACAGUACAUAUUUAUGUUAUGGUUUGAAAUAUGUAUUUUAUAUCUUUUUUCACGUAACAUGCAUUUUGUAGAUUUUUAUGUAUUAAAAUUUUGCAUAAAUACAUAAAUAUUUAUAGUCUAUUUAUUAUAAACAAAAGUUUAAGUUAAGCUUUCUGAAAUCAAAUAUUUAAAAAAAUUUUUACCAAUCAGUUAUAAUAGAAAUACAAUAAUAUCUCUAUAAGUAACAAUUUAUUAUAUUCACUCAACAGAUCUUGGAAUUUAAUCAUAUCAAUUUUGAUUUUUCUUUUAUAAAAAAAAAAUAUUCAUCACAUUGCAUAAUAAAUUUUGCAAAUGGCUUGAAAUUUGAAAAUAAAACCUCCAAUUACAAUCUUAUAUAUAUCGUUUCUAUGCAUAACUGAUAAAAACUGAUUCCAUAUCACUUAUAAAAGCACCUACUUAUUACUUGAUAAAUAAUUAAAAAUCUCAAGAAAAAAAUCAGAAUUUUAAAAUUUCAAAAAUUUCAUCUGCAACAACCUAAUACGAUUCUCUGUUCUUCGUCGAAAGGGUACAUACCCUCGUGCGAAGAAGUCCCAAUCGAGCGUAAUUAGGGCCCACGCAUUGGACCCAUUACUUUGUAUGUUUGCGCACACUUUAGAAUACGCAUGUAUAUAGAUAUAUAUAUAUAUAUAUAUAUAUUAUCCUAUACCGUAUAUGUAAUAAUUCUUGGUCUCGUGGGAAGUGCCAGAUGCGCGACGCGUUGCGUAUUUAGCAAACGAUGAAACCGCGGGGCAAUGGUGAAAGAGAGAGAAAGAAAGAAAGAAAGAAAAUCUCGAUUCGAUUUUUAAAAUUAAAGGAUCGAUUCUUGCUCGAUGACUCAGGGGACGGUAGGUGCAUUCGUCGAACAUUUUCAAAUUUAUCAUGGUAUUUUCAUUGAAGUUUUGUUUAUUUGCUCGUUUGCUCGGCUAAUUAAUAUACAUAAGAGGAGCACGUUAGAUUAAUUUGCAGUAAACAAUGAAGAAUGACCGAUAUGGAUUGAACCGAAAGCGUAAAAAUUAAUCGCAUUAUUUCUCUUGCAUAAUUGGAUAAAUCUACGUAGUACAUAAUGGAACUUUACAAAACUUGUAAAUUAUAUAUAAGUAAUUUGAUUAUUUUUGUUACGUUAUUUAAAUUUUAAAAUUGUAACAAUUUUAAAACAAAAAUCCAUAAUUUAUUAAUUACAAUUUAUAACAUUGUCGAUAACAUUGUUAGUUUGUUAAAUUGUUGUGCAAAAGACGUUGAGCAAACUAUUAUUCGAAUUGAAAGAGAAAGACUAAUUAAAGAAUUAAUUGUCAAAAUAAUUUCGAAAUAUAAUGUGCAAAUAUUUUCAUUCAGAAGCCAAAUUGUUAUUUUUAUCAUAGACAAAUAAUUAAAAUUAAUAAUAUAAAUAAUUAGGUACUAUAAUUAUGUUUCUAUAUGAAUAAAAAUAUAAAUUUUUAAAUUAAAUUUUUACCAAAUUUUCAUCAAUUACCUAAAAUCUUACCAUCUUCUUAGUAAUUGUAAAAACUGAAAGCAAUCAGUAUCGUAUUUGAUUUAAUUUCUGAAAAAUUUCUUAAUUUAAUACCAAAAUAUGGAAUUACUAUUUCAAAAGCCAAAUGAUCAAUUUGGCUUCCAAGUGACAUUUAUAAUUCUAGCGUUAAAUUUCGAAACCUUGACACACAUAACUCUAACAAUCUAAUUAGUCCCUAGAUGACUAAUUGAAAGAGAAAAAAAAAAAAAAAGAGAGAAAGAAUUUACAAAGCAAAGAAGCUGUGACUUCACUUUCGCGAAGUAUGAUUCAUGAACCGUUCGUUUCUAUGCAUCAGGUCACGGUCAGUAGUCAAUGAAAAAAAUGGCUGCUCCUUAUUUAGCAGGGCAAACGAUCGAGGACAUUCCUGUCAGCGGUUUUGCCCCGCAGCCUGGCCAAGAACCAUUUUUCCAACGUAAAAAUAGCAUUCUAAGAGAAAAAUGUAUACCACCGAUGGAACGGUUAAUAGAAUGUCGAUUCUCUAUGUGACACGUGUCGGAUGUGAUCGGGGAUAAAAGCCAGGGAACGAACGCAGUCGAUAAAGCGACAGCCGGUUCACCUGUAUGACCGACAUUUCUGUUUAUUUGUUUAGUACUAUUUUCUCGUGUACGUGAAAAAUGGAAAUGUGCAAGUCCAGUGGAAGUCCAUUUAUGUAAAGCAGUUUGGGGAUGAUUAUUUCGUAAUAUGAUAGACGUCUAAUUUUUCUCGUUAUUUGUGAUUUUUUUACGAUUUUUCGUUCGAAUAAUCGGAACUGAGUUAGAUUAGGUUCUUUGAUCUGUGAUUCUUCAUUCAAAUGAUUGAAGGUAAAUUAAAUUAUAAUAUUUUAUUAAAAUAAAAUAUAUUUAUAUUUUGAUUAAUUGAGAAUUCAAUAGUUCAAUUUCACGAAAUUUAACAGAAUAAAAAAAAUGUUAAAAAAUAAAAUUGUUGAAUAUAAAAAAGAAUCUAAUCCAAUUUACAUGAACAUCUAAUCAAUCAAAAAUCUAAUUCAAUUUUUCAACUCAAAAAUUCAACUCAAAAAAAUAUAAGAAUAUAUUAAUAAUAAGUAAAUAAAUAUUAGAUCUAAACAAUAAAAAAUAUUUGUAUAAUAAAUUUACGUAUAUUCAAAUUUACAAAGACAUGUUUUAAAUUUAGCAAAGUCAAUAUAUUAUUUUUGAAUCAAUGGAAAUUCUUAAAUAUCUCAACAUAAGAAGAAAUAGUUCGUAUAAUUGGAGUGACAAUCGAUGAUAGUCGGAUAAUAAGAGCUCAGCCAGAAUCAAUUUAAUCAUCAGGCAUUAAUGAAAAUUGCGUUCUAAUAAAUUGACUUCUACUGUAUUGCCAACUCACGCACAUUGGAUACGAGACAAAGCAUUACGUAAAUUCACAUUCGAUUAUCUGUUCUUUUCGUAAUCACGUUAAUAUUGGUAUUCCAAUGUUAUUUCAAUGAAUUUGCGAAAUCACGAAUAAACUUAGCUCGAAUAUAUCUAAUACGAAUAUCAUACAGUGUAAAUAAAUGAGUAUUAUUGCGCCAAUUUAAUUAACGAAAUUUAUAGUUUAUACAAAAUCGUUUGACGAAUCAAAAAUGCAAUUAAAAUUGUCGAAAAUUUUCAAAAUUUUUUUUAGUAGAAACAAAUCGUGCAAUUGCUGCAAAAAUAAAAUUUGCAAUUAUCAAAUUAUCGAUAACCUCAAAAUUUAAUAAAUUUGCAUUUAUUGAUUCGAAUUUCUCAAAUCAAUAAUUACACUUAUUCAUUUAUUGAUAAUUUUCAGAUUUGUAUUUAUAAAAUUAUUGAUACAAAAAAAAUUAUUUUUAUUUAUAUAUUUUUAAACUGUGAAACUCAUUAUUUAAAAAAUUUUGAAAUAAUUUUAUCAUUAAUUAUUUAACGUGUGGCAUUCCUUCUCAAUCACUUUUCGCCUUAACGAUAUCUUAACGAUAUUAUCAACGAAUACCGACAGAAUACCGAUAUUAUCGACGUUCAUAAAUGACUUUAUCGAUAAGCAUACCUCUACUUAAGAAGUAUUCGCAUAGAAUUUUCAUACUCGUCACCCAAUUUCGUCACUUAAAAUGUCGAACAUAAUUCGAUAUAAACCAUCAAUCAUUAGUUGGACAAAGUUUAAUCGCGUCGAACGAUUCAAUUUGACGAGUGAAGCGUAGAAUAGACGGCCGAUCGAAAUCUAGUUUCGACCUCACUCCACGAUAGCGACUUUCCAAUGCAGUGCGCGUGCAAAUUGUGCAAUCACGUUGAAUCAACGUAGCGACACGAAUAUCCGCCAUAAUCGAGAGUUAAAGAUCAUCGCAUGAUCGUGCCUCCUCUCGAUUUAAUUUCUCGAGCCACAUACAUGACGGAGAGUAUAAAAAAGGAAAGUGGACAAACGAGAAAUCGAAGUUCGUGAUUAUCGAAAUUUUCGAAAGUUACUCUUGCAAAUUAUUUUUCACUAACUGCGUUAAUAAUGAUAGUUUUUAGAGCUACAAAUUUAGAAAUUUUCAAACACUAAAAAUAAUUUUCAAAAAUUUUACUCUCGAACGAAUUUACACCCUUUAAUUUUCGAGAAUUAUUUGUUACUGCUAUUUUUCGUUAAUAGACAUCGAGAAUGAGAGUGAUUCCAUUAAAAAAUACCCUCUAGAGUGAGUCAAAACUAAUUAAUUUUCAAAUAAAUUUAAGAAAAAAUACUCUUAAGAGAUUUUACUCGAUUAAUAGACUCGAGUCUUUAACGAGAAAUAGCUUCGAUGAUUUUAUUGUCUAAAUGGCAAAACUAUUUUCAAAGAUUAAUUUGAGAAUAAAAUUCUCUACAAUUGUUUGCUAUAUUUCGUUAGUACAGAUUGAAUUAAGAAAUUAAUUGUUCAAAAGUAAUUUAAAAAACAUAAGUCCAUUUAAAAAACUCUCAAGAAUUGCUUGCUACUUUUAUCUUUUGCUAAUAAAAACUUUUUGCAAAGAAAAGAAAAAAAGUUAUUUCGCUAAUCAUUUCAUUUCUCUAAUUAUGCAAAACUAUUUUCAUAAUAAUAAAUACAAAUAAUGCUCCGAUCGUCCCCACGAAGAAGAGAAAGAACGCUAGGUUAAACGAAAUAACCGAUAAGAAGUAAUAUAAAAAGCGUGGAAAAGAAGGAAAGAAACGGAGUUACUGUAAUCUCUGUCGGAUGAAUGACAUGAAAAGCAAUACUGCGUGAACGAGGCAUGCGUGCGAGGAGCGAGUUUGCUGAGCGAGCGUGAGCGAGACAGAUCGACUAUAACGAAUGUCACCGAGUGCGAGAGAAAAGGAGAGAAAGAGGGACGCUCGGCGAAUGAACAUACGUGUGUGUAAGCUACCUGUGCCUUGUAAAAAAAAAAACUAUGUAUGUAUAUACGUACCGUAUACACACUGGUCACACCGGAGAGAAGAGGAAGAAAAGAAGUACAUUAUUACACACCACACACAUGUAACACGUAAACUCUCACGGUAAUCUAUAUAUUUAAAAGAAAAAAAAAAAAAGGGAAAAAAAAAAAAGAAAACACAAUCGUUGCCGUCUCUUCUGGAAACAGCGGAAGCGGCGAGAGAAUAGAGAACGCCCCUUCUCUGAAAUUUCGAAAUGUCGCGCGCUUUUAACGAUCGAACAUAUGCGGAAGAGGUGACGAGAGAGAAAAAAAAAAAAAAGUAAGAAAUAAGAAAAAAAAGCAGAAAAAAGACUCGGUGAGAUAACGUUGUUGAAUCGAAUGAGGACACACGGGGGAAAAAAAUAAAUAAAUAAAUAAAAACGAAUGAAAAUAGCAAUAAUCGAAUCUCAGACUGAAUUAUUAAGUGGAAAAAAAAAGAGAGAGGAAAAAAGAAAAAAAAAGACGAAAAUGGGAAAGAUUUGAAUAUUACACCGCAAUCUUUGUUGUCGCGGCGGCGACGCGCGAGCGUGUUAAUUAUUAUAAAUACUGUUACAGUGUCUUGCUAUAUUGGGGAGAUUAAAAUAAAAUCUCGAAGCUCGAA